AUGACUGAGUUACGGCAACUGAAAUUUAAAAGAGGUCAGACUAAAGGUAGUUUGACACGGUUGCAGACUUUUUUUGAAUCAUUAAAUUUACAUAGUCUCGACGAAGAUACUAUUGUUAAAUUGAAAUUAAGAUUGCAAAGACUAGAACCAGUUUUCGACGAGUUUUCUAAUUUACAAUCAGAAAUAGAGUAUAAAUUAGAUAUAGAUGAAGCUUCUGAUACAGAAAAAGACAAGGAAAUAGUAGAAAGAGAAAAUUUUGAAGCUAGUUAUUUUGAUUUAGUAACAAAGAUAUCGGGUAUAAUUACUAAGUUUGAAAAAAGUAAAUUAAAUUCUUUAACGACGAAUGUUACAGACUCGGUUAUAGCUAAUAGUAACAAUGGACAUUCAUCUCCAUUUUCUAUGAGUGCAAAAUUGCCUAUUUUGAAACUACCUAGUUUUUCAGGUGUUUUAGACAAGUGGCUCGAAUUUCGAGAUGUUUUUAUAUCUUUAGUUGAAAACAAUGCAUCCUUGGAUGAGAUUCAAAAGUUUUACUAUUUAAAGUCAUGUCUCGAGGGAGAAGCAGCUCAGCUGAUUGAAUCUAUUUCAGUUACCGCUGAAAAUUAUUCUGUGGCUUGGUUAACAUUGACAGAACGGUAUGAAAAUAAACGACUGAUUGUUUUUAAUUACCUUCAAACAUUGUUUGAUUUCCCUGUGUUGACGAAAGAAAAUAGUGUUCAACUUCGUAACAUGUUUGAUGUUUUUAGUAAGAAUUUGAGAGUUCUAAAAAAUUUAGGGCAGCCUACGGAAAAGUGGGACAUUAUUAUAGUACAUUUAUUGGUAUCUAAAUUUGACAAUAGGACGAGAAGAGACUGGGAAUGUUUUAAGAUUACCGGAGACUUACCUACAUUUGAUGAAAUUAAAUUAUUUCUNCCUUAA